GCGGCGACUGGACCCUCCAAGAGAGUGAUCUGGUCGGCAAUGCGGUGCGCAUUGAUCAGGAUUCAGAGACCUUUGCGUCGGUGCUGCAGAUUCUGCGGUAUCAUCGCAUAUUUGGGCCGAGCUCCUUGCCUGCUGGGCAGCCGUGCCGGAAGGCAAAGCUCCCUGCGUUGCGGCAGGCCCUGUCCUAUUUCCAGCUGGAGCAGGUGAAGGGCCACGGGAAAGGCUUCAAAGGCAAAGCUUCUCGAAGUGCCUCUGCAUGGUUGCGACCAGAGUCGCUGCACAUCCCGCGGCGCGAGGAGGUCUUUGAAGCCUCUUCGGACACCAACAGCCCAGUGAGAUGGGAGGUUGCUGUAGAAGUAGCACUGUGA